UUGAUAGUUCAAGAUGGACUGAGUGUGAUUGAUCGAGCGUUGGAGAAGAUAAGAGAUAGUGUCAAGUUUUUGAAAGUGACAUAAACUAGAGAGAAACUCUUUGAUAGCUGUGUGCAAACAGUGGGUAUUGAACCAAACAGAGGUGUGUUACCAGGGUUGGUUAUGGAUGUAGCAACGAGAUGGAACUCAACCCAUUUUAUGCUAGAGAGAGCCAUCAUUUAUAGAGAAGCCUUUCGCCAUCUUGCCGAAGUUGAUGCAGCUUAUAAGUUCUGUCCAAGUGAAUUGGAGUGGGAGAGGGCAGGCUUGAUUUCCGAAUUCUUGGCUCCAUUUGUUGAGAUGACCAAUCUGGUUUCUGGUUCUUCUUAUCCAACAGUUAACCUAUAUUUUAUGCAAGUGUGGAAGAUUGAGAACUGGUUGAGAUCGAAUGAGUUCAGUGGGGAUGAAGUAAUUUGUGAGAUGGUGGCUUCAAUGAAGCUCAAGUUUGAUAAGUAUUGGGAGAAUUAUAGCGACAUCUUAGCCAUUGCUGCCGUGCUUGAUCCAAGACUGACGUUCAAAUUUCUGGAGUUUUGCUUCACAACUUUAGAUGCAGCCACAAGUAAGACGAAAAUGGAUCAUAUUAGGAAGAAGAUGAGGAAGUUGUUUGAUGUUUACAAGAAGAACACAAAGAAAAAUGAGGCUGGAACUUCAAGAUCAAACCACACAGCAAAGACGACCACUUUACCAGGAUAUGAUGCGUUUUAUGCCUUCUUCUCACAGAGUGCUGAUGGUAGUGGAAAAUCUGCAUUAGAUAAGUAUAUUGAUGAACCCGUUUUAGACAUGGUGGUGAAUCUGGAUUUGGAUGUUCUCUCCUAUUGGAGAAACAAUGCAAAUAGGUUUAAGUAGCUCUCAUCCAUGGCGUGUGAUGUUCUGAGCAUACCCAUCACCACAGUUGCUUCAGAAUUUUCCUUCAGCAUUGGAAGCUGAGUGUUGAACAAGUAUAGAAGCUCCCUUCUCCCUUCAAAUGUUCGAGCACUGAUUUGUGCAAGAAAUUGGCUAAGGGGAUUUGAGUC